AUGAAUUCAAUAGGGUUUCUGAUGCAGCAAAAACUAGGGUUUAAUGAAUCUGAUAUUUCAGAGGUGUCACCAUGCAAUCGUUAUGUACAUUACAAGAAACUCUUGGGAAGAGGGGCAUUCAAAGAUGUCUACAGAGGAUUCGAUCUGGUUAGUAAUAUGGAGAUUGUGUGGUGUCAAAUUUGUAUUGACGAUGAAAAUACGAUAAAGUCUAUGGAAAACGAAGAAAAAUUGUGUUUUGAGGCUGUUUUAUUGAAGUCAUUGAGUCAUAAAAACAUCAUGAAGUGUUACUCCUAUUGGGUUGAUAGGAAGAACAAUACAAUGAAUAUGAUUACUGAAUUAUUCAGUUCGGGGAGUUUAAGGCAUUACAGACAAAGAAACAGCAAUAUUGAUGUGCAAGCAAUCAAGAACUGGGGGAGACAGAUUUUACAAGGGUUGCAGUAUCUCCACAGCCAAAACCCACGUAUUAUUCAUCGUGAUUUGAAGGGUGACAACAUCUUUAUCAACACGACUACUGGAGAAGUAAAAAUUGGAGAUUUCGGUUUGGCAACUUUUAUGCAAGAAGGCCCCCUUCGCACUGUUGUUGGAACCCCAGAAUAUAUGGCACCAGAAUAUUAUGAUGAGGAGUAUAACGAGUUAGUUGAUAUCUAUGCUUUUGGGAUGUGUUUGCUGGAAUUAGCCACUUCUGAAUAUCCCUACAGUGAAUGCACAAAUCCAGCACAGAUUUUCAAGAAAGUCACUGCUGGGAUAAAGCCUCUUGCUCUUGGUAAAGUUAAGGAUCCUGAGGUGAAGGAGAUUAUUGAAGAAUGCCUAGUUUCUGCAUCCAGUAGGCCAUCAGCUGUGGACCUUUUGAAGAAUCCAUUCUUCUUGCCCGAAAAUCCAAUGGAAAUUGAAAUAGAACGAGAUAAUGAUGCACAACUUAUAAGUUCUUGCCCGAUAAGCACUUCUGCUGAAUCUGCUUUAUCAGUUGAACAGGAGAUGGUUCAAUCACCCAUGGCUUUCACAGGCGAUUCGAUAAGUAGCUCAUUUUCAGUUGAAAAGCUGUUUCUAUACUCGGAGUCGAACAAUUGCAGGCAACAAUCGAUUUUCUCCCUGACUAGAGCAACCUCCUCUCAUUUUGAAUCUUCCAUGAGUGAACUGUCUAUGAAUUCAAAGGUUACCUUCGACUAUUCCUCGGGAGAAGCAUUCAGUGAUCAUGGCUUUUUUAUAUCUACACCGACUGUCAGCAAAGACGCAAGAUAG